AAUAUAUAAAUAAAAAGUUUGAUAUUAAACCAUUUUCGAAAAGUCGUUCAAAAUUAUAUUUGCUAAGCUGCAAUAUUUGUUUUAAAAAAAUUUUUGCAAUAUGGAAAGAGAAAUGUACAAAAGCUUUAUGAACAGAACCACUAUUGGCAACACAGAGGACCUCUAUAUAAGAAACAAAAUAAGAACCCUUUUAGUGAUUGUUACCUCACCUCAUAAGCUAGUACCAAAGGACGUCAUCAUAAAACGAAUCUGCGUAGCUUUAGAUGUUCCGAUAGAAGUCGUUGAAGAUCAAAUAGAUGAAGCAAUUGAAUGGGCGCUAUGUGCGGAUAAAAUCGAAAUGCAACAUGGGUCACUUAUGAGGUGUCGAAUCCUUGAUUUUUGGCCAGAAACUGUAACAAGCGAAGUACAAACUCAAACAGCCGAUGACGAUGAAAUACAAAGCUCACUAAAUUUGAAGAAAAUUCACCGUUGCCCUCAUUGUCAUCAUAAUUUGAAUAAGAGACAUUACAGUUCCAUGAUUUUCGAUUCGUCAUCCACAAAACAAUGUAAACGGCGGCGUUACUAAGAACUAUAUGUAGGCAGAAGAAUAAAACCAAAAAUUUCUUAAAGAGGACAACUUGAGAACAUACUUUUAUUGGAUUUGAAAGUUCGCUGUUACUAUAUUGCAAACAUUAAAAAAAAGUAAAUGACUAUAUAAGAAAUCGUUCUUAAAAUCAGCAUAUUAAAGUAUAUCGUAGAUUAAGUUGCUAUUGUCAGAAAAUGUUAUAUACAAAUUUUAAGCCUUUCUUACCAAAGUCAGUUAGAAGAAUCUUACUUAAGAAUGUUACCUUACAGUCUUUUAGGAAGAAAAACUUAUUU